AUGGGACCGGCGCCGCCACCUAGAAAGCGAAUUGGAUCGCUGUCGCAGCCGAAGCCAAAAUGGAGGCCCGCAAGUCACAAGUGCCUCGUCUACUCAAUGCUAACCGUCAACCGCUUCCACCAUGCCCGUGCUGCCAACGCGCAUUCCGCGCGCGAAUCACUCUCAUGGGACACUUUCGGGCCCAAUGUGCCAACAACCCGAUUUCCACUUCUCCCACUCAAGCUCCUGAGGCGAACCCCACGCCGUCCGCCACCCCUGUCACCGCCCUCUAAUGUCGUUGUCCUGCCGUCUUCAACCACCGACACCAUCCGCCCUGCCCCAACCCGUGCGUCCACCACAGCGACCAGCUCCACCAAAGCCUGGUCAUCACGCGCUCCACCCAACCAUGGGGGCAGCGUCCAACCUCCCGACCUCCUACCAUCACCAUCAACACACCCAUCUCCCGCAAUGUAG